GUAAAGACUGAAGCGGUCCGGAUCGGGCUCCGUCGUUGCUGCUGAGUGGUUCUGUUUGUCGUGUUUGGACUCGUAAAGCUGGACUGUUUGUUGUCUGAUCUUCGUUCUCGGCAGCAGAGCGCAGCCCGUCCUGUGGAGCCACACGGCAUGUCCUCCACAUCCCGGCUGAUUUGAUGGCUCUGUGGAGGAUGAUGAUGCCGCCCAAGUAUCAGCUCCUGGCGCUGCUGGCAUUCGCCGUGGCGAUGGUCUUCUUGGAGAACCAGAUCCAGAAGCUGGAGGAGUCGAGGGGAAAGCUGGAACGUGCCAUAGCCAGACAUGAGGUACGAGCGGUUGAUGACCGUCAUGUUCAGGAGGGAUUGAGGGAGGUCACAGCAGAUGAAGAGGAUGAUGUGGUGGUCAUCUACAACAGAGUUCCCAAAACAGCCAGCACCUCCUUCACCAACAUCGCCUACGACCUGUGCAGCAAGAACCGCUACCACGUCCUGCACAUCAACACCACCAAGAACAACCCCGUCAUGUCCCUGCAGGACCAGGUGCGGUUUGUUAAGAAUGUGACGUCAUGGAAGGAGAUGAAGCCGGCGUUCUACCACGGCCACGUUUCGUUCCUCGACUUUACCAAAUUUGGUGUUACAAAAAAGCCCAUUUACAUCAAUGUGAUCCGAGACCCCAUCGAGCGCCUGGUAUCCUACUACUACUUCCUCCGUUUUGGGGACGACUACAGACCAGGCCUGAGACGCAGGAAACAAGGUGACAAGAAGACGUUUGAUGAGUGCGUAGCUGCAGGAGGAUCAGACUGUGCUCCUGAGAAACUCUGGCUCCAGAUUCCUUUCUUCUGUGGCCAUUACUCCGAGUGCUGGAACAUCGGCAGCCACUGGGCUCUGGAGCAGGCCAAGUACAACCUGGUGAACGAGUACAUGCUGGUCGGAGUGACGGAGGAGCUGGAGGACUUUGUGAUGAUGCUGGAAGCUGCACUGCCACGUUUUUUCAAAGGGGCUGCUGAGCUCUAUAGAACAGGGAAGAAAUCCCAUCUGAGGAAAACCAGCGAGAAAAAGCCGCCCACUAAAGAGUCCAUAGCCAGGCUGCAGCAGUCGGCCAUCUGGAAGAUGGAGAACGAGUUUUAUGAGUUUGCGCUGGAGCAGUUCCAGUUUGCCCGCGCUCACGCGGUCCGGGAAAAGGACGGAGAACUUUACCUUCUGGCGCAGAACUUUUUCUACGAGAAAAUCUAUCCGAAAACGACGUGAGAUGUAAAAGUUGUACUCUUGUGCCGUACACUGUCGUCAUAUAUCCAGCCCAGCGUGGCUGGACACCACCCCACCUGGACCUGACGACUUUCGGCCACCUGAACGCAGAGGUGUCCAUGUGGGGCAGCUGUAUGUAGCAGGGAGUUAGCAGAGAGAGGUCCUGCCUCGGCUUCACGUCAGACUCUUAGCGACGCAGCUGUAAACAAUGGACACUCAUCAACGGUUAUUAGUUCUGAUCACCACAUCGCCUGACUUUAUUAGAGGAAUAUUUCACCCAAAAACGUUGCUAAUCAUGAAUACGAGCUAGAAGACGCCAUCUAGCGUCGUGUGUGAAUGCAUGUAGCUUUAAUUCAUUUUUAGCCAUGUUAGCUUUCUGGAUGCUGGUGUGGCUAAUGUGAAUGGAAGCUAGCAGAAGCCAGAUAGCGCCAACAGUCCAUAGUGUUUUUAUGUUGGUGUGUUAGCCACGUUAGCGUUUUUGGCGACUGCCAACAUGAAUGGAAGCCAGUUAGCAUCACAUGAAUGAGAUGAAGCUAAUGACUUCCCAGCAGCUUUUAUUUAUCAUUAGCUCUGUUUGUAUUUUGGGUGGAGGUUUCCUUUAAUUAGUGGUGCACAGUAGUGAACUCAGGGUUGGCAGAUGUUCCUGCUGGCACUGCCACCCUGAACGGAGCUUCGGGUCACUGAAGUCUUCUUCAUGCCAUCGUCCAACCCCACAACCUCAUUUCACCUCACUCUUACAAAUAAGGCGUUCUUUUCACUUUUGUAUGUAAGGAACCUUUCAGUAGAACGUUCUUUAAAGUAUAGUGUCUGUAAUUGGGAUGUUUAAAGAACCUCAGUAUGAUGAGAAGAAUCUAUACCAGUUAAAUGCUUUAUCCUAGAACCGUACGAACCAAGAGGCUUUAUUUUUAAGAGUGCAGACGGGUCGUUUAAAUCUGGAAAACGUGCUGCUGGAAUUUUAGACGCCACACUUGUUCCAUUAACCCUCGAGCGGGUUAGUCUUGUUGUUCACCCUCGAGUGAUCUGCUGUCUGAAGAACAUCGUUCUAGAAUGUGUAAUUAUUUUUAGGGAUUGUUCAACCGGAUCUGUGUUACUUUAUUGCUUUGGUGGUUGUUUUUGUUUUUCUGUUCUUCCACUUCCCUGUUUUGUAUUUAGCUGCGUUCACAUUACGAGCCUCAUUACUCGAAUCCGGUUUUUUCCUCAAAUCCGAUCUCUCUGACACGAUGGUUCACACUCAUUUAGGUAAGUGAUUCAAAUCUGUUAUUAAUGUGAUGAACUGGCGUCCUGAAAUGACCCUCAUGAGCUCAUCCUACUCAGUAACGUC